AAAAUUAUAACUUGAGUAUAUAUUUAAGUUGAUAUAUCGAUAUAAUUAGUUUCGUUUUUAGCGUUUUUCUGUUUGUUUGAGUGGUUUAUUGUUAUUUAUUUACCAAUUAGUUUGCAAAUUCUUGGUAUUGCCGGCUAUCUCUUUCAGUGAUGGGCUUACUUUCUCUGCUUCGAAAAUUAAAAUCAGCUCCUGAUAGAGAACUUAGAAUUUUACUCUUAGGUCUUGAUAAUGCUGGAAAAACUACAAUAUUAAAGAAACUAGCAUCUGAAGAUGUGACACACAUAACUCCUACUCAGGGAUUUAAUAUAAAAAGUGUUCAAUCUGAAGGCUUCAAGCUUAAUGUAUGGGAUAUAGGUGGUCAACGAAAAAUUAGGCCUUAUUGGCGAAAUUAUUUUGAAAAUACUGAUGUUUUGAUUUAUGUUAUUGAUAGUGCUGAUAGAAAAAGGUUUGAAGAGACUGGUGUGGAGCUUGCUGAAUUGCUUUCUGAAGAAAAGCUGGCUGGUGUGCCUUUGCUGGUUUUUGCAAAUAAACAAGACCUUUUCAAUGCUGCACCUGCUAGUGAAUUGGCUGAUGGGUUGAAUUUGCCUGCUAUUAGAGAUCGUUCUUGGCAAAUCCAAGCAUGCUCUGCUUUGACUGGAGAGGCAUUAAAGGAUGGAUUAGAUUGGGUGUGCAAGAAUAUAAAAAAGAAGUAAAUUGUUACUACCUAAUUUAAUGAUCAACUAGUCAUCAUCUACAUUAAUUCCAUGGAUGACGAAGGUUGCACAAAUGUAGCUUUCACCAGAAUCAACUCUGUGAU